AGAGCAGUAGAGCAACAGGGAGAGAGAGAAGACAUCGCUGCUAUAUAGCUACGAAGCUUAUCUACACGAUGAUGUCCUUCUCCUCCUGAGGCUGCAGCCCAUAAUGAUCCACUUAGUGGUGACGUCAGUAAGCUGCUUACUGCAGCAGGUGAAUGGAAGAAGCAAAAUAUUUGUUUACACUGAUGCUGGACUAAAUGAUACUCAAUACAGCAUCAUGACUACAUGUUGAAAGUAGGCAUAUUUGUUUAACAGAUUAUUAAUGAUCCGGAUUUUGACAGUGUGAAGAAGUGAAGUCUGGAGUUUGUGAGUUUUCUUCGCAGCCAGUAUGGAGUGUCACAACAAGGUGACACCUCAUCUGUUGAUGGCUGUAGGGACAGCUGUGAUUGGCUCUCUCCAAUUUGGAUACAACACAGGUGUCAUCAAUGCUCCUCAGAAUAUCAUUGAAAGCUUCUACAAUGAGACGUGGAGCACCCGGUUUUCAGAGCCCAUCUCUCAGAACAUGUUAACAGCUCUUUGGUCGCUCUCUGUGGCCAUCUUCUCUCUGGGGGGAAUGUUCGGCUCCUUCUCUGUUGGCCUCUUCGUAAAUCGCUUUGGCAGGAAGAACUCCAUGCUUAUGGCCAAUGUACUCACCUUUAUUGCGGCUGUGUUUAUGGGAUUCUCCAAGCUGGCUGCAUCCUUCGAGAUGCUCAUCAUUGGCCGUUUCAUAGUGGGUCUCUACUCUGGUCUUUCCACUGGCUUUGUGCCCAUGUAUGUAGAAGAAAUCUCUCCCACAUCUCUCCGCGGAGCAUUAGGCACUCUGCAUCAGCUCGGUGUAGUGAUCGGCAUUCUCAUGGCACAGAUCUUUGGAACUGCAUCUAUCAUGGGGAAUGCAUCCUUGUGGCCCUUGCUGCUAGGUUGUACUCUGCUGCCAGCAGUGGUGCAGUGUGUCCUUCUGCCCCUCUGUCCUGAGAGCCCCCGAUACCUCCUCAUUAACUGCAAUGAGGACAGCAAAGCCCGCAGCAUCUUGAUGAAGCUGCGGGGCACUGACGACGUGAGUGACGACAUGGAGGAGAUGAGGGAAGAGAGCCAGCAGAUGAAGAGGGAGAAGAGGGUGACCAUACUAGAGCUGUUCCGCUCCCCUGUUUACCGGCAGCCCAUCUUUGUUGCUAUCAUGCUGCAUUUGUCGCAGCAGCUAUCUGGAAUCAAUGCUGUGUUUUAUUACUCAACUGGGAUCUUUCAACGAGCAGGUGUUUCCCAGCCUGUCUACGCAACCAUUGGUGCAGGCGUGGUCAACACUGCCUUCACUUUGGUUUCCUUGUUUAUAGUUGAGCGAGUUGGUAGGAGACCGCUUCAGCUUAUUGGAUUGAUGGGAAUGGCAAUUUCAGCUAUUUUCUUAACUGUUGCCAUGGCAUUGCUGGACCAGUUCAGAUGGAUGUCCUAUCUCAGCAUAGCGGCCAUAUUCAGCUUUGUGGCAUUUUUUGAAAUUGGCCCUGGCCCUAUCCCCUGGUUCAUUGUUGCAGAGCUCUUCAACCAGGGGCCCCGGCCUGCUGCAAUUGCAGUUGCUGGUUUCUCAAAUUGGACUUCCAACUUCCUAGUGGGAAUGAGCUUCCAAUAUAUUGAGCAACUCUGUGGUCCAUAUGUCUUCAUCAUCUUCACUGUACUUUUGCUCGGCUUCUUCGUCUUCACCUACUAUAAGGUGCCGGAGACCAAGGGCCGCAGCUUUGAUGAGAUUGCUGCAGGAUUUCGACAGUCAGCUGGUCAGGGUGCUGAUAAAUACUCGGUCCCUGAAGAGUUCAACACCCUCAGGGGGGAUGACCCUGACCUUUAAAAGAUGUAAUAAAUGACUCACAUGCAGCAAUGUUAACUGUUGCACUUGUGGUACACUGUAGGUGAAUAUUAAUGUAAAAUUUUAACAACACUAAUCUUUGGGUUAUUUUUACAUAAAAGGGUUUAGACAUGGAAAGUACUGUAACAUAAAGAUGGCUAGGUUGACUGAGGCCACUGUUAGUUGCUUUGGGCCCAGCCUGUAGCCAAGGAAGUCUGUUUUUGACAUUUUCCUCAUAGCCUGGCAUCACUAGACAUAUUCAAAUUUGCAAAUUUGUCUGAAACCUCUCUGUUCAUUUUAAGUGUCCAAGAUUGUAGCUCAAAAUGCCCCUCAACAAAAUUGGAUAGACAUGGGGUCGGCAACCCGCGGCUCUGGAGCCACAUCCGGCUCUUCAGCCUCUCUGCAGUGGCUCACUGUAAAGUGUUGUGCAUGAUUUAUAUUUUCCACGAAACAAUGAACUGAACAAAUCAGUUUUCAUAUGAUGAACAUGAAUGAAGUUCACUCAAACGAGACAGAAAAUGUGUCUGUGUGUGUUCCCAGACAGCGAACACACACACAUGCAGGGAAGAAAUUCCUGCAUGAAAUUCCUGCAUUAAAAUAAUGUAUCAUGA